GUUUCGUUCGCGUCUCACCGUGUCCCGUUCUGGAUAGAAAACUUCGUUUUCGCGCGUCGCUACAGCCAGCCCCUUUCUGCAUGCUAUUUUUAAUAUUUUAAAUGUUUGGUUUUACAGAUAAUACAAGUGAACCAGAGCAGCUGCCGUUGCAGAAAGAUUAUUUACGAUAUCAUUGAGAUAUUUUUGUAAUUACAUCGAGACCUUGAAGAGACAAUCUUUAGAGUAAAUUAUAUAGUUUGUUAUAUUUACCAGAGAAACAAUGAAGAAUAACGAUGAGACUAUUUUGGAAAUUUUGCAAGGCCAUAAAACUGCUAAAUGGCCAAGUGCUCGGGUGGUUAAGAUAUUUAUUGCCAGCACAAAAGAAGAUUUUAAAAACGAACGAAGAAUAUUAUUAGAAAAUGUCGGCCCUGAAUUGCACUCAGUAUUUGAAGAUCACAAAAUAGAGAUAGAAUUGGUUGAUAUGCUAUAUGGUUCAGACGAAAAGGAGCAGUACGAUCCUUGGAUAUUUCAAGACCAUUUACACGAAAUCAGACAUUGCCAUAAGGUAUCCAGAGGAUGUUUUUUCCUGAGUUUGGUUGGAGAUAAAUACGGACCUUUAAUCGCACCGAGUAAACUCGACAGUGAAACAUACAAUUCACUAAUAAACUUGACGAGUAAUAAUGAAUUACUCGAAAAACUCUAUAAAAAAGAGAAAGACGAAUAUGUAUUAAUACAGGAUAUUAGUGAAUAUAAAUUUCAAGACUGGAAAUCCCAAAGCGCCGAUAUUUUAGCAUUAUUGUACAGCUACAAAGACCAAAUGCCAGACACUUCCAGGAAAAAAUUGAAUCAGCUUUUGUGCUCAGUAGUAGAGCAGCAACAGACUUAUGCUUUAGGCUUGGCCCCUGGCACAGCACACCGUAUACUCGCAAUCACAAGGGAGUACGAGGCGGAAGAUAAAAAUGAUAUUAAAACAUUUUAUAGGGAUAAAAUGGAAUAUAACGAUGCUCUAAAGUCGCACUGCGAAUCUCAAUUAGAAAAUAUACGAUCAUAUAUAACCACUAAUAUACCUGAGGAAAAUAGACUGCACUUCAAAGUUGCCUGGAGAGGUGGUGAACUGGAACAAAAACACUCGGAACACGAGGCAUAUCUUAAAGAGUUUAAAAAUUUAAUUUUUCAUAAGCUAAAAGCUCUUAUUAGCAAGAGCUUAGAGGACGAACCUGAACUUAAAUCUAAGAAAAAGAUUGUUGAGGAAAACUUCCAAGAAAAUAUUACUCAUUUGACGCUGUGCUAUGGCGAAGUUAAAAAAGACUUUUCAAGCUCGGAAAUACACGAUAAGAUAAAACAAAUGGUUGAAGAUGGAAAUCAGCGCAGACACACCCCUAUACUUAUAUAUGGGAAUCAGGGGUCUGGAAAAACAUCCCUUAUUCAAACAGUGUACCGGAGCUUCGAGAAAUGGUUCUCCUGUCGUACAUUAAGAAUUGUGCGAUCUAUAUCAUCGACGCCUCGUUCCUCAUACAGUUUGGAACUUUUACGAAUUAUUUGUCAACAAAUUUGUAUAGCUCUUAAGCUACCUGAAGGAUUUUUACCAAAAGAUGCCAGUUUUGACCCCUUGUAUACAAACAACUGGUUUCAAUCACUCUUAAGGAUGUUUGAGGAGCUUAAUUAUGUCUUGGGUAUAUUUCUAGAUGAUUUACACCUUGUAAAUCCUCUGGAUUCAGACAGUUCUACACUAAGCUGGAUACCAAUAAGUUUACCCAAGAAUGUGCAUAUAGUUUGCAGCUCUGGCUUGCCAAUUGAUAUGAUGAGAUUCACGCAAGUUCAAAAGGAAAAACUUAGGCAACCUGAAUGUUAUAUUGAGAUGACGAUAGUACCUCCAUAUACAAGUUUUGUGGAAGAUAUACUCGAGCAGCUGGAAAAAUUGUACAGCAGAGAGGCAAUUUCUAGGCUAGCGUCGCUUAUCACGUGCUCGGAGUACGGACUGACCGAAACUGAAAUACUGGAAAUAUUGAUGCCCACAUCGGACGCCGAGGCCAUAAUAUCCAUAAAAGAUGCCAACUUUAAUUUUUCCUCUUUGUGCUUGAUCAAGCGAAAACUAGCACCAUUGAUCCGAGAAAAGAUUAUGAGUGGAAUUUUAUUAAUUGAGUGGCGGCAUGUCAUGAUUAAAGAACUUACAAGAAAGCGAUACUUAUCUGGCACGGAAAUAUCAAAAAAUAUCCACACCGAACUAUCCACUUUAUUCUUUAACGAAUUCCUGGAAGAGAACAGUGAUGAUGAGGCGUCGGAAGGAGAACCAGCUCCUUUGUUAUCUGAUAUUAAGGAAACACCGUUCCAAUCAACGUUACAUAAAGAUGUCACUUACAGGAUAAGACAUAUUGAAGAGUCUUGGAUACAUUUGCUGAAAAGUGGUGAUAUUGUUAAAUUGAAGAAUUUAUGUAUGUGUAAUUAUGACUUUAUGCUGGCUGCGCUGCAAACGUUCUCUGUAAGUUAUCUAAGAUGCCUCCUAGAGCACGUUCGGUGCUAUUUGCUAGACAGGGAAAUAGAACUCGUUUAUUAUUCCAUCAGGAAAUCGACAGAUAUUUUAACAAGGGACACUUUUCAACUCGGGACGCAGCUUAUCUCUUGGCUUAGGCCAGUAACAGAGCGUGGAGGAGGCUUAAUGACUGACUUAGUAACAUCAGCAAUGGCUUGGUGUGAUGGUUUCACUCUACCUUUAGUGGUACCUUUAAAUGAUUGGCUUCAACCCCCUUUGCCAACUCAAUCAAAGAUCAUGACCACCCCAAAUGUAAAAUUAAUCGAAUGUGCUCCAAACGGUCAGCAUGUUAUUGUAGUAACUGAUAGUGAUCCGGAAUUGUGGCAUAUCAUGACUAAUCAACUUGUUCACACGUUUAGAGGUCAUACAGGCAAAGUGACCUGCCUGGCAGUGACAAAACAAAGUCAAUAUCUGCUGACAGGUUCUGACGAUAUCAGCAUUAUUGUGUGGGAUCUUAAAGGGCUCAGCAUGAAAUUGAAAAUAACGGAACAUAGUGCAGCGGUUCACUGUAUUACAAGCGCACUUAAUAAUUCUGUCAUUAUAAGCGGCGGGGAAGACAGUAGCAUCAUCAUAAGCUCCCUUGCGACAGGGAAGGUUGUUACUAAAAUUGAUCACCACCGUGGACCUGUUACCGCUAUUAAGGUGACUUCCCAUGGAGACAUAAUGGUUUCAGGUAGCAAAGAUGGCAAAGUAUGCCUUUGGUCCUUAACUAACUAUAACCUACUUAACACAAUUAGUAUUUCUGCAGCUGUACAGAUGCUUGAUGUUUCUACCGACUCUAUCUGGCUUGUAGCUUGCUGCAAAGAUAAUAAAGUGUACAUAAAAACGGUUGCUACAGGAACUGACGUUUACACAAUUAGUUUGGAUCAUAAGACUAAGGUUAGGAGCCUAUGUAUAACUUGUGACAGCUGUAGAGUUGUGUUGGGGUGUUCAGAUAAAAAGACUUAUAUUUACGACAUACAUUCCUCUAAGGUUUUGAAAACCCUUUCUGGACAAAGUGGUGAGGUCAGUGCGGUCAAGGUCACUGAUAAAGAUGAUUUUUUAUUAACAGCCGGUGGAAAUCGAAUAAUCUUCUAUCCCUUCCGAAGCACGGAUACGAAAAAGAGUUUCCUAAAGCAGAAAAAGAAAACACAUCACCUCAACGGACACACGGGACUAAUUACCUGUAUGGAUAUAUCACGAGACGGGCAACUGACGGUAACAGGAGCAACGGAUAAUUUAGUCAACGUCUGGCAAUUAAAUAACCAAGAGCUAGUAUUAAGUUUAAAUGGACAUACAGGGCCUGUGACGGCUCUCAGUUUCGCCCCAAGUGCCACAUUUGUGGCUUCUGGAUCUGAGGAUAAAACUGUUAAAGUAUGGGGACUUACCCUCGGGACUCUUGUGUUGACUUUUUCGCGUCACUCAGCAUCAAUAACAUCAGUAUUUGUAUUAAUGGACUCAAGCCGAAUAAUCUCAAGUGAUAUAAACGAUAAAGUAUACAUCUGGCAUGCUGAUAAUGGUACGGUUUUGCAAUCCUACUCGGGUCCAGGUGAAUCCGUUAAAACAACCACCAACAUGAAGUAUGCCGUGGCAACUAACGGGGAUACAACUUUAAAAAUUUGGUCCUUGACAAAGGAUGAUGAACGUUAUACAAUAACACAUUCGGAGGAGAUCACUUGCUUUGAGAUCACGGUUGAUUCUCAGUAUAUUAUUACAGGAUCCAAGGAUAUGUCUUUGAAGGUUUGGCUUAUUGCUGGAGGAAAACUUUCACAGGUACUCAUAGGGCACACGGAUACAGUAACUUGCGUGGCUGUAUCGGUAGCUGAUAAAACCCGUUUAGUCUCUGGCAGUUUGGAUAAUACACUAAUAGUGUGGGAUAUCAACACGGGAGCUGAUUUGCACACAUUAUCAGCACAUCUCAGCUUCGUCAGCUGCUGUAAAAUGAGCGGAGAUGGUAGCAUUGCUAUUUCGGGUUCGGACGACAAAAGUAUAAUAAUCUGGGACACAAAGCAGGGCUUACAACUCACUUCACUUCAGCUGCAUUAUCCGAUAGUCGGUGUGGAGCCCACGUCAGACUUUUCCAGGAUCGCCGUCCUAUUAAAAGAUACUCAAUAUACUCCUAUUAUUUGUCUUCAUAAUACUCCCGCAAAGUAUGUGAAAUUACCGACCUAUUGUGCUCCUGAUAAGGACUUUAUUGAAAAUCCAAAAUCAGCCCCAAAGCGUCAAAUGAAAAGACUGCUAAAGAAAGAAGUGUCGCUAGAUACAUAUACGUGGCAAAAGAAGUACGCGCAUCUCACUUCAAACCUGGUGAUACCUUCAAUAGACGAGAGGUUCAAGAGGCGAUUUUCAGUGUCAGCGAGUAUGGAGGAAAUAUCAAAAAUACCGCAAAACGAACAAAAGGGGAUGGGGUCAAAACAGGCUUCGCUCGCCCAAUCCCAGCAUUUUGACCAGCUCGAAGCCCUAUGGAAUAAGAGGUCUCCACCCAAUCGAAGGCGAUUACAUCACUCGCUUUCAAAGCAAUCGUCUCUGGCGGAGUCUCAGAUUUCCUCAUCCGACGAAGAGCACUUGGAUGGAUCCUAAGUUCAGCAGCAUUCCUAAUAGGCCAGUGGUAAAAAAAAAGGCUUCAUUUUUACGAAUAGUUCCAGUUUUAUCUAAUGUAGUAGAUUCUCCUCUUGGUGUGAUUUGUUUUUUGUUGCACGCCACUGGAUUGUUUUUUUCUUUGUUAAAUGGCUGGUAUUCGUUUUAGGACAUGACCUGAAAUUCAUAUAUAUAAAACGAAAACUCAAGCCAUGUAGUAAUAGGCGCAUAUUUAGCAAACAAGAAACUUUUUAAAUGUAGAAUGUCACUACUUCUAAAGCUUUUUUUCGAAUUCUUAGGAACUGUACAAUGUUAAUUGAGCUGCAUUUGAUAAUCUCUUUCUAUCGAAGUGCUUUCUAUGACUGUUGUUUAAGUCUAUAGUAUAAAAAUUUAAUUGUUAUUUUUUACAUUGUUGUUGAAAAUAAAAGCGCGAGCUUAAAGACUACGAGGAACAAUAAAUUUUAGUCACAAACAUUAUUUUUUUGCAAAACAGGAGUAAAUCCGCUUACUUUCCUCUUAUUCUCUUUUCAAUUUAUAUAUACCUAAGUAAGAUAAAUGUAAGGAUCAUUCCAUUUCUACUCGAAAAUUCUUAUACUUAACUCUCGUGGUGUUUAGUUUUAAUUUAUUGCCCUUUAAGAUGCUACAUAAAUUUCAAAAACUCCACAUAUGUAUGCUUAUACAUAACUCACAAACUUUUUUAAAUUCAUGGACAUACAAAUAGCAUCUUAAACGGUUAUAUCACGAAAAACUUAUACUCACGAUAAAUCUUUAAGGAUUUAAAACGAUACAUGUAUAAUGAAUCUUUGAAUCUCAAAAUACUCGUUUUAAAAUAAAAAAAUGUUAUUGUUAAAAGCCUACAAUUUAUAUAUUUUUAUAUUUAAGUUUAUACUAAAAAUUUUUAUAUAUAAAACUGUUAUUGGCGCUGUAAAAAUUUCACUUGGCACGCGCCCUUUUUGUUCAACCUUUCCUAUACGCUCAUGUCAGAUUUUUUUUUUGCGUAAUGUGGGCAAAACUCCAUCCCUUAUCUACCCCUAACUUUGUAUUUAAAAAACUCAUUUACUAUUAAGCAAUAAGUUAUUAAAUGUUAUAAUCAUUUUAGGGAAGAAUAAACGGCAGUAUGUAAAAGUCGUUAUAUGUGUCAUAGAUAUUUAGUGUCCCACAUGAAAUAAAGCGUUUAGAAA